AUGACUCGGUGGUCCAUCAAGACAGCAACCCGUUAUCUAUUAAAGGCCUCAUUUCCUCUCUUUGGUCACACUGAAAUUCUUUGGCAUUAUCUCAUGCUUGCUGCGCUCCCUCGGACCCAACUGUUCUCGCGGCAUAUCCUGAGGUCCAUAACAACUGACGGGUUUCACAGAUCCCCCGCAACGUACGGAAGCUCCAAUAUCCUCAGACAACCUCUCCUUCCAAUCCGCAACAUGGCCACAAGCAGUGCAGGCAAAAUUACCGAUUGGGUAGACCCCAAAGACAAGUCUGGUGAAUUCAAGCGGCAGCAAUCGGUUUUCCGCAACUUCAUCUCCAGGGAGCCUGGCGCUCAAUUCCCUCCGGAGAAAGAUCGCUAUCAUCUUUAUGUCUCAUAUGCCUGUCCUUGGGCACACCGGACAUUGAUCACACGGAAACUCAAGGGUCUCGAGGAUAUCAUCUCGUUUACAUCAGUUCACUGGCAUUUGGGCGAAAAUGGUAUGGUUUCAGAAUUGAGGGCUCUAGAGAACGAAGCUAAUGUCUUCUGCUGGAAAGGCUGGCGAUUUGCAACAGCCGACGAAGAGGUUGCAGGAGAGAAUGUCACCCCAGACCCGUUGCAUCCUGAUUUCACGCAUCUGCGCGCUAUAUACUUCUCCAAUGAUCCGGAUUAUACUGGGAGAUUUACCGUCCCAGUGCUGUUCGAUAAAAAGACGCAACGGAUCGUGAGUAAUGAAAGCUCUGAGAUCAUUCGCAUGUUCUACUACGAAUUCGAUGAUCUUCUUCCGGAAAAAUACAGGAACGUCGACCUGUACCCUCCCGCUCUCCGAAGCGAGAUCGACGCCACCAACGACUGGACCUACAACGACGUCAACAAUGGGGUCUACAAGUCCGGUUUCGCGACGACCCAAGAAGCAUACGAGAAGGCUGUGACAACCCUCUUCGCCUCCCUCGACAGGAUCGAAGCCCAUCUCUCAAAGGACGCCAACUCCCCGUACUUCUUCGGCUCAUCUAUCACCGAGGUCGAUAUCCGACUUUUCACGACUAUUAUCCGCUUUGACCCCGUCUACGUGCAGCACUUCAAGUGCAACAUCCGUGAUAUUCGCUCCGGAUACCCGGCCAUUCAUCGCUGGGUGCGUCGCCUUUACUGGGAUGUUCCUGCGUUCCGGGAGACGACGAAUUUUGAGCACAUUAAGAAACACUAUACCAAGAGUCAUAAGCAGAUCAAUCAGUUUGCUAUUACUCCUGUCGGGCCGGUCCCAGAUAUUCUUCCUAAAGACGAAGAAGUGAGAGCCGUUGCUGCACAACAGUAA